AUGGCAGAUUCAACCAACCCCGAAGACACCAAGAUGACCGAAGAUACGGUGGCCAUAGUUGCCACCCCGUCCGCUGUCACCGAUGAGUCUGCCUCUCUCGAACAGAGGAAAAACGUGCUCGUCAACGAGUUGAUGGAGAUUUUCACCAUCGGAGAGGACAUCACGCUGGACUGCCUCCGUACAGAGGUUUUCGACCAGUUUCUCCAGCAAUAUCGCCAUAGCAAGGACGACCAGAAUGCGCUGCAGGGAAUAAGACCCGUCCGACGAACCUCCAACGGGACCUGCUGGAGCUGCCGUGCCGGUGGCGAUGGCACAGGAGGAUGA